CCAUUAUCUGUUUAACACAGUGACUACGUAGUUUUCACAAACUGUGUUUGCUUUUUCUUUCAGGCUCAAGGUUUCCGAACGGAUGUAGGAAGAUGUUAGCUGUGGAUACUGGGGUUGUGGAGGAGUGGUUAUCAGAGUUCAAGACAUUGCCAGAAGCAUCCAUAUCCAGCUAUGCUACAAACUUGAAAGAUAAGAGUGCUUUGAUUUCAUCUCUUUACAAAGUAAUUCAGGACCCACAGAGUGAACUUCUGGAGCCAGUUUGCCAUCAGCUCUUUGAGUUCUAUCGCAGUGGUGAGGAACAAUUGCUACGAUUUACGCUGCAGUUCCUACCAGAAUUGAUGUGGUGCUAUCUUGCUGUCUCAGCCAGCAGAGAUUUGCAGAGCAGUGGAUGCAUAGAGGCUCUUCUCCUAGGAGUUUAUAACUUGGAGAUAGUUGACAAAGAGGGACAUAGCAAAGUGCUGAGUUUCACAAUUCCGUCUUUGUCCAAACCUUCAGUCUAUCAUGAGCCUUCCAGCAUUGGCUCCAUGGCUCUCACUGAAGGAGCUUUGUCGCAGCAUGGCUUGUCCAGGGUUGUAUACAGUGGACCUCAUCCUCAGAGGGAGAUGUUAACAGCACAGAACAGGUUUGAAGUGCUGACUUUCCUUCUGCUCUGCUACAAUGCUGCCUUAAGUUACAUGCCUGCAAUUUCUCUUCAGUCGUUGUGUCAGAUUUGUUCAAGAAUUUGUGUCUGUGGAUACCCUCGCCAACAAGUGAGAAAGUACAAGGGAGUCAACAGCAGGAUUCCAGUUUCAUCUGAAUUCAUGGUGCAAAUGCUAACAGGGAUCUAUUAUGCCUUUUAUAAUGGAGAAUGGGAUCUGGCUCGUAAAGCUAUGGAUGACAUUUUGUAUAGAGCACAACUGGAACUCUAUCCAGAACCUCUCCUGGUUGCUAAUGCAAUAAAAGCUUCACUGCCUCAGGGUGCCAUGAAAUCUAGUAAAGAAGGUACAAGAUGCAUUCAGGUUGAAAUUACACCUACUUCAUCCAGAAUAUCAAGAAAUGCUGUGACUAGCAUGUCUAUCCGAGGGCAUAGAUGGAAAAGGCAUGGUAAUACUGAUUUAGCAAUUCAAGAAGAACUGAUAGAAGUAUCUGAAAACGAUGAAGGGUUUUACUCCAGGGCUACUUCUAGUACCAGUCAGUCUGCCCUGUCUAACAGCAGCAACACGAGCAGCAAGAACCUUUCAGGGAAGAGCCAGCGAAGGUCUGGAGGAAGCAAAACAGGAGGAAAAGAAAAAGAAGGAGAAACCUGCAGAGAACACUUGUCACGAAAACAGACUCAGAGAGCCAUGAGUGAGAAUCUAGAGCUUGUCUCUCUGAAGAGACUGACGCUGACAACUAGCCAGUCCCUGCCGAAGCCUGGCAGCCACAGUCUGGCCAGAACGACCACUACUGUCUUUAGUAAAUCCUUUGAACAGGUCAGUGGUGUCACCGUUCCAAAUAAUCGCAGUGGCGUGUCUGGCACAGAGGCAAACAGGUUUUCAGCUUGCAGUCUUCAGGAGGAAAAACUGAUAUAUGGAACGGAAAGAACAGAUCUUCCGAUUUUAAGCAAACAACCUAAUCAGCAGCGACCUCCUAGUAUUAGCAUAACUCUGUCAACAGAUUGAUGUUAAAUGGGCAAGUAUGAAAAAUGUCGAGCAUUUAUGGUGAUAUUGGUACAUUAAGCUCCUUAAUAUGCCAUACGUUACUUUCUUAAACCUCCAGCCCGUACAUUCUCAUUUGGCUCACAUUUGACAGUAAUAGUGAAUAGACACCACUUAUAAUUAUUUUGCAUCAACUUCUAAUAGCUUGGAAAGUUCCUCUUUGACUUACUGUAUUUCUACACCCGAUUGCUUAUGGCUUCCUUCAUGUGAAGGUUACAGCUUCACCACUUUAACAAGCGGUGUGUGGCUUUUAAAAGGGCACAGUAUGGGAACAAACAGAGCCUCUGGCCCAGGUUCUGCUUUCUUACUACCACUUGGCACAGGCAGAGCUGCAAGUACUUGUUUGAUUUAAGAGGAGUCUCACAGUAUGGGCAUGGAGUUCUGGAAAAGUGUUGUAAGAACAUAAACAUUCUCUUAUGUUAUCCGUGAGAAACUUGUGAGGCUAAAACUAGAGGCAUCAGUUCAGUGUUUGAUGUUAUGGCAGUUUUUGUAACAGCAGUCAGUACACGUUGUGAUGUUCAUACUUCUCUAUGCCUGGAUGAGUCUGAAUUAUAGAUGCAUUUUGGGUUGUCUGUAUGUCUCUGGAACUGGCUCAAAAGUCCUACAGCAGCAGUGCUUGUGGAUGGGAGUCUUUGGACUUUCAAAUUGUGUGACACACUCUUUCUUUCAGGUUCUUAAACAUCAGGCACAAAGGUACUCAUUGAAAAGUCACUGUCAUCAGUAUUUUUACUAUUUACGGGGAAGAGAUGUGGUGCUUCUGUAACAAUGUUGUGUAGGAAAUAAGGUAUGAGCCCUUUGAACUGAGUCAAGCAAAUCAGGAGUGUGAAUGUGUUUAACACGAACUUCUUGAGACUAAGAGAAUACUACCAAAGGAUGUGUACUUUCAGUAACUUGCAAGCACAAAGGGAAAUUUAUAAUGUAAAUAUAACAAACACUGUAAUUCCUAGUCUUUUAUAUAAUUUUUCUAGUUUGAAAUUCUAGAACAGCAGCCUGGUCAAGGUUUCCUAGCCUUUAACGUUCAGUUCAUUUGGUGAUCUUGUUUGAUGCCAACUUUUAUAAUGUUAAGAUUUUAAUUAAAAGUGGACAUUCAAAUUUCUUAUGCAGAAAUUUGGAGAAGCCAUAGCUGACAAAACCACUCCAGCAGCAGUGACUAGCUGAUAAACACACAAUAUAUUGUUAUGAGUGGAGAAAUAAGACGAAGAUCUAAGGCAUAAUCAUUCCUAACUGUCCAGAUUUCUGCAGUUAGUGAUCCCUUGUUAUCAAGAACCUUUGAACAAAACAAACACUAAAAUUCUGGUGGACUUUCCUGUUUUCCUGGAGACAAGUUUAUAUAUUCCUUUUUGACUUAAACUGAAGCACAAGUAAUUUUUAAGCAGCUAAUAUUAUUCAGGUUUACAGCAAUUAAUAAGCAGGUAAAUUAAUGAAAAGAGAUGAGGAGACAUAGUUGUCAGGGACAAUAAAGUUGUAUAAUUCUACUCCUAAGACUGCAGACUAGAUGUGUAUGUUUCUUGAUGUUCACCAAAGGAUAUGGAAUAGCUGCAUUGGUCUAGAGGUGUUUGUCUUCACCAGGGAGCCCGAGUGUAAAUGAACGUGCUGCACGUCCUCCUCCUUGUCUGUUGUGUAACACUUCUAUUCUGGUAACACAGUAUUUCACCUUUUUACAGUGGAGUGCUUUCUUAAUUGUACAUGAAAACUUACAUUCCUAAUGUAUAAACUACAUAUUUGUCCUGUUUAGUGUUUAAUACUUUGGCCAGUGAAAUAUACUGGCUUUUGAAGUUGUAUGUUUUUGUAAAUACUUUGUACAGUAGAAAAUUUUCCCUCUUUUUUGGCAGGUUUUUCUGCAAUGCACAUUAGAGAGCGUAUUUGUUUGAGACUGACUAAUCCACGUGGCUGCUGGAGGGUCCACAAGCACAGGGACUGGAAGGGCUUUAGGCAGGUGAGAACAGAGACGGGGGGCACUGCACAGACCCAACGCAGGGCUCUGCCUUUCCUUGAAACGUGUUUUAGAUGUUAUGAGGAAAUAACCUGCAGAACUCAGAGCUGCCUCCUCGUCUGCUCUUGCAGUGUAGCCUUUAACAAUACUUUGGAAACACUUUCCAGUAAUUUAAAUUGAAACCUAAACUAGAAUAGAUAAAUAAAAUUGCAGUUGACAGAGGUUGGUUGUGAUGGUGUUAGUCAUGAGUAAGUGUUAAGGGACUAAAAUUUUUAAGUAAUUCUACUGGUUUGGUUUUGUUUCAUUUAGUUCAUGAUUGUUUCACUUAUCUCCCCAGUGGACACUCUUCCAAGCUGGGUGUUGGUAUAAAAGAUGGUUUUUGUACUGGGAAGAAUUAGUCACUGUAGCUAUAAAUAAUUAGGAUUUUGAUGGAUCUAAAAUGCCAUAAAAUGUAGAUCUGAAAUGUAAUGUUUACAAUAGUGUUGGCUACCAGUUAAACAGUGUUAAAAUAAAGUUAGUUUAUCCUUUUAUUUUAUCUAGCUAAUUAUUCUAACUGUGGUCUGGCUUGAACCCAGGACAUAGGUGCAUAUUGGUACAACUGAAAUUACAUAAAGCUUCAUACUUUUUUGAGGAAAAUUCUAAAAAGAAAGGUUCUUGGUACUAAAGGCUGCUGUUUCUAUAUGAAGCCACAGCUUCAUAUAAAUAUCUGUGUAUUGUUCUCUGGAGUAAUUUACACAAUGAGCAUGUUUUUGGGAACUGACAUCACACCUUGAUACUGAUGGAGUCUAAAGAAUUUCUUCCCUAAUAUGAGUAAUAAAACUUUCAGUUGUUUUUCUUUCUUAUGUUAAAAAUGGGAAAGAAAAAAAAUGCAGGAUAAGGGAGAGGGAGGGCAGAACUAGUUGUUGUCCAAAUAUCCACGGUGCAGGAUCAGGGAAGGAGGAGUGAGGGGGGAGUGUGGCAGGAAGCAGAUAUAUUCUUCCAUGAUAUUUCUAAAAUUGUCAAGCUCUUGGGCUUUGAGCAUUAACUGAUCACUUCAGACUGAUGAAUGAAAAAUGUAUAUUUCUUCUAACAGUGUAAGGAAAACCUAUAAAGACAUCCCAUAUUGUACUCUACCCGGGCGUGGGUAGUUCUGAUGAAUACACUCCAAACAUCAUACACGGCCACAAUGUUCUGCAGGAAAAAUGUUCUCUAGGAGUGAAUCAUCUCAAAUUAUAGUAAGAGAUGUUGUUUUAAUGCUGACGUUUAUAACUGACCUUACUGCUUUAAAUCAAAGGGCACUGUUUCCGGUGAUGGCUUUGAACAGCAGCGCUUUCCAAACUGUUAAAACUGAGAAUUAUUAUUAUUGUUGUGGGAAUAUGUAACACUUGUGCAAAAAGCAUAUGGCCUCUAACCCCUUGCUGUGGAGCUGUGAUGGCUUUUCUGAAAGGAGUGAAAUGUCCUUGAAUUGCCUUGAAUAAUACCUGACAGGUUUGGCAGGUACAGAAACCCAUGGCUGUUCUAGCCACACUUCUCUCUAAGGAGGUCUCUUCUGAUUUCUAUGAGGAUUCUAGAAUUUUCUAACUUAAUUACUGUGUCUGAUACCUUUUGGCAGUGUUUGAGGCUUACAGUGCUGUAUAUAGCUGUGUAAUAUAUUGCCUUUUGUAUUUGUACAAUUCUAAGACUAGAUGUCUACGUUUCUUAAUAUUCACCAAAGCCUCUGGAAUCGGUCUGUAGAUUGUCUUCUCCCGAGGAUCCUAGUGUAAAGGAGUGUGUGCCACUCAUAUCCUUCAGUUUGUUGUGUGACGCUGUUCUGUGUUAGUGACACAGUAUUUCACCUUUUUUUUUUUUUACAGUGGAGUGUUUUCUUAAUUGUACAUGAGAACUUUACAUUCCUAAUGUAUUGUCUUGUUUAGUGUUCGAUAAUUUGAGCAGUAAAAUAAACUGGGUUUUUUUGGAA